ACCAUGCCUCGUCAAUUUAUGUGUGCUUAUACAAUUCAAAAAGCCAAUCAAAUUAUUUCCAAAGCAAAAAGCCAUUCAUGGAAGCAGAGGAAAUCUUGAAACUCUUUGAUACUUUUUGGUUUGGGCAUCAAAGUUCUUUAACAUCAACAGGCUCUCAUGAAAACAAAUAUCAUCAAAGUAAACAAGAAUCAUCAAAAGAAUCAAAGCUUUCUCGAAUCCGAACCAAUCACACAAGGUCCAUGAGUGAUGAAUUAAACAACAUGACAGCUUUCAAACAUGAUUCUCUUUCUCCAAAAUCUGUCCUUUUUGAAACAAAGCUUCAAACAAUCCACUCAGGGAAAGAUGUCAUAGACUACAUAGAAGCCGAAAACCAAACACAGUUGCGGCUUCAAGUUUCGCCUAAGAAGAACAUCGUAAGAAAUAGAAGGAGGAAGAGAGAAAGCAAGAGUUUAUCAGACCUUGAGUUUGAGGAGGUAAAAGGGUUCAUGGAUCUUGGUUUUGUUUUCUCGGAGGAAGAUAAAGAUUCGAGCUUGGUUUCAAUCAUACCGGGGUUGCAAAGGUUAGGAAAGAAUGAUAACGACGACGAAGAAGAGGAUUCUUCUGUUGAAUCUAUGAUUCAAAGACCUUACCUUUCUGAAGCAUGGGAGGUUCAUGAAUGGAGAAAGAAAGAGAAGCCUUUGAUGAAUUGGAAAAUUUCUGUUCCUACCAAUGAUGUUGAUAUGAAAUAUAGUCUCAAAUGUUGGGCUCAUAAUGUUGCUUCCACUAUAAAAUGAUGAAGUUUGUGAUUCAAAAUUUUAUGAUAUUUUGCUUGUGUCUUUUGAGGUUUAAUUUGAUUUUUGGCUCCUCUUUUUCAUUUCAUAGUUUUGUUAGUUGUUCAAUUUUGUCUGUUUUGAAAUUUGUUGGAAAAUCACAUUCCAUAAGGUUGUAAAUUGUGUUCUUGUUGCAUGAGAAAUAGCAGGCUGGAAGACAUGGAUAGAUUGGAAUGAGACUAGUUGAAGGAGAGAGGCGCGAGAAACCAUAUGAUUUUUUGGCCGAGGAGGUGAUGUAUCAUGUGAUGGACUUCAUUUUUGAGAGAGGUAUGAGCUAAAUUGAAGAGUUAAUAUAUAUUUAAGUCCAUGGAUGAAUUGUAUCUUAAGCAAAGGUUGUAGGACGGGAAGAUAUAAGGGUUUUGAUAUGCAAGAACAUGUCAAUAUUUGUAUUCUUGUUUUAAAAAAAAAAAGUAUAUGUGUAUCACCCUUAUGUUGAUAGGGGUGGCUAAAGACUUAAUAAAUUUUCGGUGGUUUAGGUCAAGUUCGUAGUGGUAGAGAUCCUGUUUUGGUGUUUUUUUUUAUGAGGUGAGAGCAAGUUCACGUGGAGUGAGAAGCUCUCUAUUUUGGAGUGUUUCGUGGUGUAUUUAGAAUAUCCGUCUUCAUUUUAGAAAGGAGAUAUUUAUAAAGGCUUCUGGGAUUUGUGCUAGAGAUCCAGAGAGCGAUUUUCCCUAGCUUUGUAACCAUGGAACGUGGGCAUGGGAGGACUUGGUUUCCAUAAAUUAUGGGGAGAAUGGUUUUCUCCUUUUGACCGACCAUUUGUUAGUUAUUAUGGGGACACGUCAUUCCCAUUGGAUGGACCAUGGGCGUGAGUUUAGAGGGCCCAACUCUGAUGGGUGACUCAUUAGCCCAAUUAAGGCGACAUUAUGCCUCGUUAUGGGCGGUCUACAUGGCCUAUUUGGGAGGCCCUGGUCUACAUAGGAUGGCUCGCCCCUUGGCAUGGUAUCUCGCCCGUCUUACUUUCCAUAAGUUGUCCCUUCUUAAGGGCUAGCAAAUUUAUAACACUACAAUCUUCAGUUGAGUAAUUAGAGGUGAGAUUUUAUGUGAAGAUCGAUGAUGAGGAAAACACAUAAAUAAUGUUAUGUUCUCUUCCUAAUUCCUACGAACCGAACCUCUCUUAGUUAUGAAAAAACAUUACCAAUUCGGUUGGCAUCAUGUUGACAAACUGUUAAAUAACUCUAUUGGAUACGAAUUAUUGUUGUUCAUGGAUGCAUAAUUCAGAUAUAAUCAAAUUCUUGUGCACAGGUAGGACAGAAAGAAAACUGUCUUCGUGAAGGAGCACACCCACUACCUGUAUAAUGUGAUGUCAUUUGGACUAAAAAAUAUGUGUAACAUACCAAUGGAUGAUGAAAAAGGUCUUUGAAGGUGAAAUUGUGAGAUACUAGUGUUGGUAUGCUCUCAUAGCAUAAAUUCGAUGAGAAUAUGGAUAUAAGAGAUCUAUAAUGGGGUUAAAUAGAUCGUGCCCUUUUAAAAACCAAAAACAAAACAC